AUGUCUCAAUUCGAAUCGAAGCACCAACAAGAUGAACUAGACACUGUCACUGUUACAUGUAUCAUGUAUUAUGACAUUUAUAUCCCGAAAUAUCGUACAUACAUGGAUCUUGGUAUUAAGGAUCGGGAGUUGGGUUAUGCUAUCGUUGAUUUUGAAAUGGAUGUGAUGAGUGAAGAUGAAGAUGGAUGA